GUUUGCUUUUGACCGGAUACGCCGCAGCUUUUUUCUAUUUCCGGCACAUGGCCAUGGCGCCGCCGAGCUAGCUAGCUCCUAUAUAUACUCCGCCCAUGGCAUGGAUCCGCCUCCGCCGCCGUCGUCGAUCACCUCGCACCGCACCGGUCGACGGUCGAUCGGCCGCCACCAACCACCGAUCACCCGUGGUGCUGCGACGACAGGCACGAUCCACGCCAGCCUCGACGCAUGCGCGGCGACGACGUCCCCUGCGCCUGCUGCUCCACGCUGCGCGCGCUCCUCCACUGCGCCCAGCACGGCGCGCGCCUCUGCCUGCCCUGCGACGUCCGCGUGCACGCCGCCGCGCGGGGCCACGAGCGCGCCCCGCUCUGCGACGGCUGCCACGCCGCGCCCGCCGCCGCGCGAUGCGACGACCACCAGGCCUUGCUCUGCGCGCCGUGCGCGCGCGGCGCCGGGUGCGACGCCGAGCGCCACGCCAGGCGCGCCGCGCGCGCCUACACCGGGAUCCCGGACCCCGCGGAGCUCGCGCGCAUCCUGUACUGUGACACCGCCACGCCGCCGCCGCCUUUGUCGCCGCCGCCGCCGGCUCUCCCGGAGUGGGUCCCCGACCUAGUCAACGUCGAACUGCUGCCGGACUUGCCGAGCAGCAGCAGCAGCUCUUGGCGCGAUGGUAAUGUCACCAGUGACACUUGUGAGUUACUAUCAGGCAGUCUCGUCGAAACCGGCCGAGGCAUCAACUCUGAAGGUCAGAUGAUCGGAUCAUUAGCAGCAGCAGCCUUACCGACCGGCGAUGGCGAUGGCGAUGAGCUCUUCAUGCAACAAGACUGGCCCAACCUCGACGACGCAGGACUCGACGACGACUUCAACUUCAUCGCGCACGAUUCCAGCUUGACGAAAACCUUCAAUUUGACGGGUUGCAGAGAAGGCGCUUUCGAGUCACAGGCAUCGCCACCGUUGGGUUAUGAUCACCCGUUAGUCACAUCAUGUUCGGAACCCAUUAUUGCGUCGACUGAUGCUGUUCUGGAAUCUAUGGCCAGUAACAAUGCAGCUUAUCAUCAGCAGCAGUUCAGUUCAUCAGUGGCCACCGCAAACACGAGCAGCAAUGUCGUCGAUGGCAGCACGUUCUACGCCAGCGGCAUGCCGAUGCUGCCACGGGACGAGCUCCCGAGUAGACACUUCGGCUUCGAGGUGAAGCCGCCACCGGUCCCGUCAGUGGUAAGCAGCCCGUCGACGGGCUGCGGCUACCAGGAUCAGGCGGAGGCGGCCCUGCUGGCGUCGUCGACGCCGGAGCAACCAUCAGGCCAGGACAUGGAAGCAAGAACCAAGCAGCAGGAGAAGAGGCAGGAGGCUAAGCAGAGGUACAAGGACAAGAAGAAGAACAGGAAGUUCGGCAAGCAGAUCAUGUACGUCUCCCGGAAGGUGCGAGCAGACACACGAAACCGAGUGAAGGGCAGGUUUGCAAAGGCGUCCAGCGGCAGUGGCCACGGCGACGACCAGUCUACACAGCAUGGCGAUGAGCAGCCUACAGAUUCUUGCGUAUAGGUGUAGCAUUAGAGAGCUUCUAGUUAGCUCAGUUCCUUGAUUUUUUUUCUUUUACCCCAGUGAUUAGGUAGAAUAAGUUUUGAUGAGAGUUCUUUUUCCCCGCGGCAUUUUUUAGCGCUUUGCAAGCAAGGGUGUUUUUUCCCCAACCCCUUGGGCACUUUUAUUUGAUUUUCUAGGAUCGUUACAGCGAUGCCCUGUGAUGAAAUAAUAAUUGAAACUA